AUGAGCGAGACUUAUACCACGACGCUGUUGGAUGUGGCGGAGACAUAUACUCACGAUGAGAAAGCUUGGAGCCAAAUAUGGGCGCCACUCUUCAGCCCGGAGAUUUCACCCUCCAAGCAGCCAGGGAACGGCCUCACCACCAGCUCGUCACCUUCGGCCUACCAAAGCACCUGCACCAUCCCUUUAGGCACUCAGGAAUUGUUUACCUCACAACAACCCAUCCGCAUCUCCUCUCCACGAACGUUUUCCGGCCCCAGCAUACCAACAACCUCGCCCUCCAUAUCCGCGCACAUAGCAAGCUUCACCGCUCCCGACCGCGUACAAAGCACCAACACACCUAAAGCUCUCCAAGAGGAAUUCCCUACCAUCGACGGCAUGUACUCCACACCGAUCGUGCACCCCGGAGCUCCCUCCAUGCCCAACACCCUCAUCCCCUCCGCAUUCAGCACCAGCACGGUCACAACCACAACCACAACCACGGCUACCGCCGCAACCACGGACGUCGUCAUGAAGGACGCUCCAGCCGCCAUUCGCGCCGCCUCCUCAGAGCUCGUCGACCGCCUGGUGCGCAACGCUACGGACGCGUACGCCGCGCUUCACCCCCUCGCCAAGAAGGUUGGCGUCGUCUCUUGCAGCCUGGACGAGCAAGUCCCCGUUGUAAAAUGGGUUAUCUUUGCGCUAGUGGGCGGCGUGGGCGCAGGCAUGGCCGCUGCGUAUCUGUACCAUCGAUCCAAAACACAUCGACCACCACCACCACCUAUCCCGAUUCCUGAGAAUGAGGACGCGGCGACCUGGAGGCGGAAAGCAAGGGUUGUGGCGGCGUUCCUGGAGCGGGCGCUGAAGACGAAUGGAGAGCUGAGGCAAACGCUGAGGGAGACGCGGGAGCAGAGCGGGAAAGAGUUGAAGGAGUUAGAAGAGCUGAAUGAGACGUUGCAAGAGGAGUUGGAAGAGGCGAAUGAACACUCGAAGGCGCUGCAGCAUGGAAUCAACACUGAGCGCUUGCUGAGAGAGAAGAAAGAGGUGGAGCUGCAGAGGAUUAAGAGCACCAGCAACACGCCACAGCAGGUGCAGAUGGUUGGUGGGAACAACAGGUCUGCUCCCCAUCAGAGACACUCACCUUUCCCAAUGGCGAGUCCCCUCGGACCACCGUCUUCCACCCACAGCUCAUCCGGAAGCAGUUCCAGCUCAACUAAGCGGAGGAUCCUGAAAAACAGUCCCAUCAAUCCUCCAUCCUCCAGCCAGCGCUCCUCCACAAGCCGCCUCUCAACAACCUCCAACCAACGCCUGACCUUCACACCCCGAGAGACACCCUCGCAACCCCUCACCGCCAGCCAGCGCCGCAGCCGCACACCCAGCAGUCCCCUACCCACCCGGCAUCCUACACCCCGCCAACAAGCCCUCAAAGCCUUCAUCAAGCAGCGCGUCGAGAGCGGCUGCGCGCGGCUCGAGAAAGGCGACCUGACGUCCGACGAGCUGACAGGCGUAAUCGACGGCGAGAUCCAAGACUUCAAGAAAGAGCUAAGUUCGACGCCGCCGUCGAGCGGCGGUAGUAGUAAUAGUCAGAAGGGAAAGCGGAAGCUAUACGAGAUCAUUGAAACUGAAGAGAGGGAGGAAGGUGAUGUGUUUCUGACGACACCCGAAGCCCAGUUGAUGGAUCCCGCGCAUCGUCGAGUUAAACGCGUCGCCACCGCGCAGAAGCUGGAUCUCGGCAACAUCCCGAAGCUGGAGCGUAGCACCACGGUUCGGCAGGUGAAGCACGGGCGAACGAGCAUGGCCGCUGGCACCAUCCCGGCCCCGGCACUGACUCCGGUUCUAUCUCCUGUAGCUAUUAGCGGCCGCCGCUCCAAGGCUCCCAAGAAGCGCGUGAGCAUCAUUGCUGCCAGCAUUGAAGAGCCGCUCAGCCCUCGGCGGAGUCCGCGCAAGCAUAAAGUGACGGGGAGUAUGAACAUUCAGGCGCUGAGUCGGCGGUCGAGGUCACCGGAGAAGUGA